AUGUCGCAGCGUUGGGAGCCCACUCAUGCAGCCUGGCUGUACCCUUUUAUGGGAAUUCACUAUUUCGCGACCCAUCGGUUCCUCUGGCCCUUGUUCAAGGCUCGCUUACUUCCCAUCGUCCUCCUUUCCAGCUUCGUAUACUUCCUUCUCUUUUUCUUCACCUACCUACCGCAGGUGGCCUUCCUGUCCAUCUUCCAAGGUGCCGGAGCAUGGGUCAACGGCGCAUUCUUAGUUCUCGGUGAGGGCGCCGCUAUAGUUGCUGCCUUGUUCGAGGCCUUCUUCGUGGACGAGACACUGGUGGAUAUUUUCGAUUCGGUUUUGGUAAAUGAAGGCCAAGAAGAGCUUGUGACCGCCUCUCGAGUUAUCUACCCCGAGGCUGGCGACCCUGCCAGCCGCCUCGGCACUCCGACAACCAGUGCCGUUUAUGCGCCGUUUUCGUUUCGGCAAAUCGUCGAGUUCAUCGUCCUGCUCCCGCUCAACUUCAUCCCUGUGGCUGGUACCCCGAUGUUCUUGGUUCUGACCGGUUAUCGUGCGGGUCCAUUCCAUCACUGGCGGUAUUUCCAGUUGCUGGACUUUACCAAGCAGGAGAGAAAAGCCAGUGUGAGUCGACGACGGCUGCAAUAUACCACGUUCGGCACGAUUGCCAUGAUCCUUCAACUCAUUCCGCCCUUCUCCAUGGUCUUCCUCAUGACCACUGCCUCGGGUGCCGCGCUAUGGGCAGCAGAUCUCGAGCGCAAGCGGCAACUUGCAGAUCAGCGACCCAACAGACUGGGUAAUGGUUAUCAGGACGAAUUGACGGUAUGA